AUGUCCACAUACAAUCCUCAUACUCCUCGACAGCAUAGGCAGGACCAGGACGUCGUCAUGGGUAACGCCAACUCCCAGAUGCUCGACAAUAUCGUGCAGGGCACGAACUUCGAUAGAGAGGAGAUUGAUCGAUUACGGAAACGGUUCAUGAAAUUGGAUAAGGACAACUCCGGUACCCUCGAGCGCGACGAAUUCCUCUCCCUACCACAAGUCUCCAGCAACCCCCUUGCAACCCGCAUGAUAGCUAUCUUCGACGAGGACGGCGGCGGCGACGUCGACUUCCAAGAAUUCGUCUCUGGCCUCAGCGCCUUCAGCAGCAAAGGCAACAAGGAAGAAAAGCUGCGCUUCGCCUUCAAAGUCUACGACAUCGAUCGCGACGGCUACAUCAGCAACGGCGAACUAUUCAUUGUGCUGAAGAUGAUGGUGGGGAGUAAUCUGAAGGACCAGCAGUUGCAGCAGAUUGUGGACAAGACGAUUAUGGAGGCCGAUCUGGAUCAUGAUGGCAAGAUUAGUUUCGAGGAAUUUCAGAAGAUGGUGGAGAACACUGAUGUUUCCAUGAGUAUGACGUUGGAUCAGUUUUAG